GCGUUAGCUACAGAGUGCUGGGAGGCAGGAAGGAGGUGCCAGUGUCCUCAGCCUGGGGGGGCUGCGUGGAGGUGGACUCGGAGACCGAGGCGGUGUAUGGGAUGACCUUCAAAAUUCUUUGCAUCUCCUGCAAGCGCCGCAGCGAGACCACCGCUGAGACCUUCACUGAGUGGACCUUCCGCCAGAAGGGCACUGAGGAGUUUGUCAAGAUCCUGCGCUAUGAGAAUGAGGUGUUGCAGCUGGAGGAGGACGAGCGCUUCGAGGGCCGCGUGGUGUGGAACGGCAGCCGGGGCACCAAGGACCUGCAGGAUCUGUCUAUCUUCAUCACCAACGUCACCUACAACCACUCGGGCGACUACGAGUGCCACGUCUACCGCCUGCUCUUCUUCGAAAACUACGAGCACAACACCAGCGUUGUCAAGAAGAUCCACAUUGAGGUAGUGGACAAAGCCAACAGAGACAUGGCAUCCAUCGUGUCUGAGAUCAUGAUGUAUGUGCUCAUCGUCGUGUUGACCAUAUGGCUCGUGGCAGAGAUGGUUUACUGCUACAAGAAGAUCGCUGCCGCCACGGAGACUGCUGCACAAGAGAACGCCUCGGAAUACCUGGCCAUCACCUCCGAAAGCAAAGAGAACUGCACGGGCGUCCAGGUGGCCGAAUAGCCCCGGCCCUGGGCCCCGCCUCAAGGAAGAGCCAGCCCUAAUGGGGACUCUCCAGGCACCGCCUGCGCCCAGUGUGGGGGUGGCCACUCCUGGGCCCGGGAAAGCCUGAGUCCUGCCGACGGAGCCGCUGGGGUGGGAGGGGCAGGGGGAUUGGCUCGCACCCCCGCCUUGGCCUCCUCCAGCUCCUGCCCCGCCGGCCGCGCACCGCCAUGCAUGAUGGGUAAAGCAAUACUGCCGCUGCCCCCACCCUGCUUCUGCUGCCUGUUUGGGGAGGGGGGCGGUGAGGUGGGGGCAGCGGCCCCGCACCCCUCCUCCUUGCUGAUUUGCACACAUUGGCCGCUUCAGACAUGCACUUCUGGGGCCAGCCCCUCCCCGCCUCCUCCCUGCCCGGCGGCAGGGAUCGCGAUGAUGGGCUGGAGCAGUCUGGGGCAGGGGGUUCUGGGACCCACUCCGACUCCCCUUCCCCGGCAUCAUUUCCUCUCCCGCUUCCUCCGGCUGGACCUGGGGUCCCCCCUCCCUGUAAUGCACUCCUGCCCCGGCCCAACCUCGCCCUCUCUCACCAGCCUUGAACUGUGGCCACCUAGAAAGGGGCCCUUUCAGCCUCGUCUCUCUUUACAGAAGUAGUUUUGUUCAUGAAAUAAAGACUCUUGGACUUGA